AGUCAGUUUGAUCUAAGAGUUGAAUGUGAAAUCAUACGCUGGUUUAACGUCUGCUUCUAUCUCUGUUCAGGACUCAGUUCAAGGUACUUUUUAUCUUGUUAUUUUAGUUUGUGAAGUUUCUAAAGAUUUCAAACUGAAACACGAAACGGAAUCUGCUGCAAAUAAACAUAAAGAGGAACAGCUAAACAUAACCAGUCUCUUCUUGACAGAUCGUGCAUCUCACCGUGAGACUCUGUCACUGUUGCCUUUGAAGGGAACGGAGUGGAAGGUGUCUGACUCAUCAGGCUGGCAGCAGCAGAAGAUGGACUCACUGGAGGAUGUGUCCAACCAAUCGUAUCUGGACAACAACGACACAGACUUUGACUACGACCUGGUCCCUCCGUGCGCUCAGCAGAACAACCACAGUGUGCAGCUGGUCGUUGGGCCGUACGUUCACUCCAUCAUCUGCAUCCUGGGCCUGGUGGGCAACAGCCUGGUGAUCGUCACCUACGCCCUCUACAAGAGGACCAAGUCCAUGACGGACGUGUACCUGCUGAACGUGGCGGUGGCCGACCUGCUGUUCGUGGCCUCGCUGCCGCUCAUCGUCUACAACGAGCUGACGGCGUGGUCCAUGGGUCCGGUGGUGUGCAAGCUGCUGCGCGGCUCCUACAGCGUGAACCUGUACAGCGGCACGCUGCUGCUCGCCUGCAUCAGCAGCGACCGCUACGUGGCCAUCGUGCAGGCACGCCGCAGCUUCAGACUGCGCUCGCUGACCUACAGCCGCCUCAUCUGCGCCGCCGUGUGGGUGCUCGCAGUACUGCUGUCCGUGCCCUCCUUCUACUUCUACAGCCUGUACCAGCCGACCCACAGCAGGGACUUCUUCAUGGACGAGGAGGACGGGAACAGCACCGACAGCACAGAGUACGUCUGCGAGCUCAGGUUCAUGGACUCCACCGAGGCGUUGACCUCCAAGGUGGCGCUGCCCAGCAUGCAGCUGGCCGUGGGCUUCUUCCUGCCGCUGCUCGUCAUGGUCUUCUGCUACAGCGCCAUCGUGGGCACGCUGCUGAAGGCCAGGAACUUCCAGCGCCACAAGGCGGUGCGCGUGGUGCUGGCCGUGGUGGCUGUGUUCGUGGUCUGCCACCUGCCCUACAACCUCACGCUGCUGUACGACACCACCAGCAUGUUCAAUCUGCAGAGCUGCGAGGAUGUGGACUUCCUGAAGACAGCCAAGACGGUGACGCAGACCCUGGCCUACCUGCACUGCUGCCUGAACCCCGUGCUGUACGCCUUCGUCGGGGUGAAAUUCAGGAACCACUUCCAGAGGAUCGUGCAGGACCUGUGGUGCCUGGGGAAGAGGUACAUCCGGCCCCGGCGCUUCUCCAGGGUCACUUCCGAGAUCUACGUGUCCACCCGCCGCUCCGUGUCCAGUGAGAACGGCUCGUCCUUCACGAUGUGAGGACGCCGGGAACAUCUCCAGAGGUCCACUCUGAAAAUCCUCCGGUUCCCUAGAGGUUCUUCAUUAGGUUCCCCAUUGGCACUAUGAUGAGCACAGGCUUCAUCACGGACGAACCCGAGGGCUUUAACGCGAGACACAAACACCUGCUGCAUCUUUAAUCUUUCCUGACGUCUUCAGGACUUCCUAAAGUGAAAUCAACCUGAGAAGGAAACCCACAGCCGGGCGACGAACACAAAGAUUAAAGUUUCCUAAAAAUCAUCUGUUUACAUAAAAAAUGUACCAGCUGUUUUUUCAAACUGACCUCAGACUCUCUACUCAGCGUCCUGAAUAAACAAGACGAAUAUUUUAACACCACAACUUUUCAGUGAAUAAAAUAAAUACAGAAAAUGAUCUAAGAUCUAGUUUAUUAUCACUUUAUCCAUGUCAGGUUGAGCUGUCUGUAAACUCAGAGACGAGUCACACAUUUAUUAAGUCAGAAUUUUACAAUUUUCAGAAUGUCAGAAAAAAUACAGAAUUUUCAGAAAAAAUGCAGAAUUUUUUAUUUUCAAGAAAAAGUCAGAAUUGUCAGGAAAAAGUCAGAGUUUUUAGAUUUUCUGAAAAAAAUACAUAAUUUGAAAAUAUCCCAAACUUUCCGAUGGAAGUCAAAAUGGUCAGAUUCUCCGAAAAAAUACAUAAUUUUAAAAUUGUCUGAAUAUUCAGAAACACCUGGAAAAGCGCUCAACAGAAGGCGGUCCACUCAAACUUCAAAAGUCAUUAUUCUGUCUAACCUGAUCUGAUAUCCCAAGGGUUGCUUUCGGUUGUAAUCGGCAAGGAAAAGGAGGAGAUGUGAAAAAUAUGAAAUCACCUUAAACACCUAUGUAUUACUUGCAUUCAUCAUUUAUAGGGUGUUCAUGUAGUGUCUAUAUCAAAUGCAGAAGAAAGACACUUAUUUGAUAGGAUUUACUUUGAACUUGUUCUCUCGACCUCAAAACAAAGCUGUAUUCUGUCUGUUGUUUCAUAAAAUAAACUAUCUUCAAGAAGUAAA